AUGCGUCUAGGUGUAAUUGACAUAAGCAAUAGCACUUUUCAUAAAGAACUGAGCUGCCCCUAUCUCAUAGACGGUCAUGAGGUGGAACUGAUGUUGUCGAGAAAGCCCUCAAAUCAUGUAGCUCCUCAUUCUCGCUCAAUGCACGAACAAACAUCAUCUGCGACUAAUGUAGACGAAGAGACAAACGCUUCGUGUAAGAUUCUUGUGAAAAAUGUCCCGUUUGAAGUGACCAAGAACGAACUUCAUAAAUUGUUCGCCACUUUCGGACAGGUCAAAUUCAUCCGACUUCCACAGAAACAGGCAGGAAAUGGACAUCGUGGUUUCUGCUUCGUAGAGUACCACAGUCUAGCUGAGGCUAAGAAGGCGUUCGUGUCUCUGAGUCAGAGCACCCAUUUAUUAGGACGCAGACUGGUGCUUCAAUGGGCAGAGGAUGCUGACUCAGUUGCCGAUAUGAGGAAGAGGACUGCGGAUAAGUUGAGUCUCCAGCAGAAGGCAGAGUGGGAAAAAGCGAAGAAAGCAAAAAUAGAAGAUCAAAUGUGAACAAAUCCGAAUAUCUAAUAUUUACACGUUUUAAUAAUAACAUAUCAUAAUCCAGUGAACCAUUGGAAAUGAAAUCCUGAUCUAAAAUCAACCGAAAAUCCAUCAUUUGUAUCACCAAAAAAUAACUGAUCGUAAAUCCACCGAACGAUCGAAACCUAAAUUCUAGAUUGCGUGUAAAAAUCGACUGUAAUAUGCAACUUGAUGGCCCCAAACGAUCUGAAGUUUACGACAAGGAAUAUCUAACAGUUUGAACAAAACCGAAAUUUCUUCUCAACUGGAUGUAAGACGCGAAUGCCUCGUGCAGAUUAGAUUCGUAUGAAUUUAAGACGCGAAUUUAAGGUUCUUGGGAUUUAAGACACGAGUCUAACAUCACCCAAAAGAACUGAAAUCAAAAUAUACCUUGCAACUGAUACAGUUUUAAAACUAGCUUGGUCCGCUAGUUACCAGCAAAGUCUUGUACUACAUUUUUUUUCGGGCCAGCGAAUCGAAGAUUGGCCGAUGACGCAAUUGUCGAUAUAUGUGUUUCAAAAGACUGCUAAUUUGCAACUUAUUUUAGAAUUUGUUGUAAUGUUCAAAUUGAAGCCUUCUGAACUCA